AAAAGAAUAAAUAUCGUGAAAAAGAAAAAUACACAAUAAAAUAUUUUAAACAAUUUUACUGGUUAAUCAUUUAAUUUCAUACAUUCUAACGAUUAAAAAAGUGACAGAUCAAAGAACUACAUGACAAACCAUUAAAAUACUUCUCUAAAUAGUUCCCAAAAUAACUGCAGUGAUUUUUUUAUUUGUUAUUUUACUGUUUCAAUGAUGAACCAUUCGGAAAAAAACAAAUGUGAUUGAUAAAUUUAAAAUGAAAGCCAACGAAAGCUACAAUAAUAAGAAAGAUGGAAAGAAUGAUACUAAGAAAACUUCUGAAUUACCCUCACGAGUAGCACAAUGGUAUUAUCGACAUGGAUUAUUUCUUACUUCGUAUCCAACAUGUGCUACAAGUCUGGCAAUUUUAGUAAUUUUAUUUUGUUGCUACCCACUCCUCAAUUUUUCGCCUCUCCCUGGAAAAAUUCCAUCAAAAGUCGUCUUGCCUUACUAUGCACAUCAUUUCGUAACGACGUCAAACAACACCAAGGAAACGUUUCAUGUUGAUAAGGAAAUUAAUAACGAACAAAACAUUCACGACGAAGGAGAACGUGUUUCACAUCUAAAGUCGCAUAUAAAUAUUGACACGGAUCAACUGCAUCUCAAUAACUUCUCAUCAUCAUCAUUUCUUCCAAUUCCAUCGUUGCCAUGGGCACGAGCAGAGCCACCAUUCGUUUAUGUCCAGCAGAUUAUUCUAAGGAGUGCCGUCUUACCAUGGAGCAAAGAUUUAACACUCACCGAUGCAUUUCGUGGUCCUCUUUUUGAAGUCUUCAAACUACUGGAAAUCAUCAACAAUCAUGAAACAAACGUGACCUUGAGUAAUCUUUGCUUACAUGUUGAGAAUGUCAAACGAUCUCACAAAGAUCCUUUGUUUCCCGAAUAUAACUGUUUGGUGUUAUCGCCAGCGAAUUUCUGGAGACAAAACAUUCACAAUUUCAAUAAAGAUAACAGUUUACUUAGUACAAUCUAUCAGCACCACAAUAAUCAAAAAUCGAAAGUUUCAACUUCGGAAAUGUUGUUUGGUGUUCCAAUGCUUGCAUCUGGAAUUAAACGUUAUCCGCUACAAAAUCGUCCUCGAAUUAUUCAAUAUGCAAUAACUUUGUUUAUGCGUGAAAAUAAUCAAGAUUUCAUCGCAACAUUACAACAGAAGCUUCACAAGAUUUAUCCACUUCAUCAACAACUUGAAGAUGAUGUUGAGAAGGUUGAAGAGAAGUCAUCAGUGAUUUACAUUUAUUAUCCUGGUGAAUUUAAUCUCAUCGAGUUAGUUCCACUCACAAUCGCCAUGACAAUUCUCUUCGUCUACAUGUACUUCUCGAUUCGCAAAGUUGAAAUGAUUCGCUCGAGAUUUAUUGUCGCACUUGCUUCAGUUGUGACAGUUCUUGGCAGUCUUGUAAUGUCGCUUGGAUUUUGUUUCUUCUUCGGCAUAAGUAUUUGGGCGCAAUCGUCAAUGGGUGUGUAUCCAUAUUUAUUGAUUCUCGUUGGACUUGAAAAUUGUUUAGUGAUAACAAAGAGUGUGAUGACAACGGAGAAUAAUUUGGAUGUGAAGAUUCGCGUCGCACAAGGACUAAGCAAAGAAGGUUGGCCGAUAACGAAGAAUUUAAUGACUGAAAUAACAAUUUUAACUGCUGGACUUGUUUUAACAUUCCUACCGUUGAUUCAAGAGUUUUGUAUCUUUGCCAUUGUUGGGUUAGUCUCCGAUUACUUAUUGCAAAUGUUCCUUUUUUCAACUGUCCUCGGUUUGAAUGUUAAGCGAGUUGAAGUCAUUGCUGAAGUGAAGAAACUUCCAAAAAUGCUCGACAAGUCAACGUGGAAUGUUCAUAAGAAGUUUGACACAAAAGCAAUUCAUCGUUCAGCUUCACAUCCAUCAAAGCUUUCCGAUUUAGAUCAACUUAAAGACACGACGAAUGUCAAUAAGACACAAAAAGAAAAAAUACCAAAAAGAUUAAGAAUUGUGAAUUUUUGGGCACGAACGAGAUUCUUUCAACGAGGAUUUAUGAUUUGGAUGGUUUUAUGGAUCUCCAACAUUAUCUACUCAUCAGGUAUCAUUGAGAAUGUUUUCCUUAUCGACAAAUCAAAUGGAACGAACACAAGUGAAACACAAACAACUGAAGGCGGUGGACAUGUUGACACAAACAACAAUUACGAACAUAUGGUGAAGAAUCUUUCAAACAUCAUGAUGGAUUAUUAUACGAAGAAUGUUCAAUGGAAUAAGCGAUUAAAUGAAAACAUGGAGUCAAAUAUCACUGAUAAGAUUCAGAAACUUAAACAUCCAUCAUUCGAAAUUGGAAAUCGAUUGUCAAGUUUCCAUUGGGCUGGAAUAUUUCGUCAAUAUAACAUUUCAAUGAUCGGUCGUUAUGUUACAAUCUUACCAUCAAUUAAAAUCUCUCACAUUGUGCCUGUUGAAGUAGCUUCAAAGAUAAGAAAUUCCAACGAUAUUGCGCCGUCGUCAUCGAAGUGGAAUGCAUUAACAUCGGCUCUUGAUCCACUUGAUCUUAAUGAUGCUGAUGGCGAAGAUGAUUUACUUGACAUGGAUCCGGUUGAGAAUCAACCUUUGUAUCCAAAGACACCGAUGGAGAUGAUGUUGUUAGUCAUUUUAUGUGCUGUAAGUGUCUUCGUCAUUACUUAUACGAUGAUUGUGAUGUAUCGUUGCAUAUGUUCAAGAAAUUAUGCAGAAUGGCGUGCAAGUCGAUGGGAUGAAAAUGAAGUUAUUGAAACAAACAGUGAACAAGUUUUAGAAGGUUUUCCUAUUCAAGUUAAAGGUCACAAGCACAACGUUGAGUGCGUUGUAUCAGAUGGAAAUCUCAUUGCAAGUUCUUGUCUUCAAGGAUUAUUGAAGAUUUGGGAUUCAAAUAACGGUGAGUUGGUCGCCGAAAUUAAUCGAAUUGGAUAUUUUGAACAACUUCAACAAUACAAUGCUGAUCGUCAUUGUUCGUCACUCACAUCGAUGUCUGAUGAGAAUUUAAUUCAACAAAAGAAUUCACCACCACGUCAUAUGUUGACAGAUCAACCAUCAUCAACAUUAACACGAUUAAAGACGUCACUUAAAUUUGAUUUCCAAUCAUCGUCACCAUCAUCAAGAUUCUCAUCAACUAAAAAUGAUUUUCAAAAAAGUUUCGAUAAAUAUUUUGAACCAGCUGCUGUUGUGACAAUGACAAAUCAUUCAUCAGAGGGUGAAAUUGUUGCAAAUGGAGCAAUAGGAAUAAAUAAUAAUAAUAACAACAUCAACAGUUUUAAUCAAAUUAAUGUUAAUCAUAAAUUACAUAAUGGUUGCAGUAGUGACAGCAUAAAUAGUUUGAAUUCAUCGGCAACAUCAUACAACACAUCACCAAUAUGGGCGCUUGAUUUUAUUGAUAAUUUGAUUGCAAUCGGCUGUGCUGAUGGUCGGUUAGAGUUUUGGGAGGGUACGACCGGUAGUUUUAAGUGUAUUUAUCAAACUGAAUCAACGCAUGGCAAUGGCGUUACACAUCUAAAACUUGCAAGUGAUAAAGUGGUAGCAGCACGACUCUCGGGACGAAUUGAUUUCCUGCGACUUGAAACAUACACGCAAGGACGUCACAUUGAUUGGAAUUUUACGUCGGCGUAUCGUCGAACACAUGUCAGAACGGGAUCGGCGGGUAGCAUAAGUAAUUUUAAUCAGCAACAAAAUCAAAGAUAUACACAAAGAAAUUCACUCAAUGCAGCAGUUAAUCAUCAUCAUCAUGGUAAUCAUCAUCAAUCGUCAUCAUCAUCAAUACAGCACAACAAUCUAUCAUCAAAUUCACCGACGGAAGAAGAACUUCGAUGUAUUCUCGAGUUGCCACAUCAAGGACAUACACAACCAAUAACAUGCUUAGAUGUCCUCGGUAAUUUUCUCUUCACUGGAAGUCAAGAUCAUACGUUGAAAGUCUUUCAUACAGACUCGAAUACAUUAUUCUUUACACUUCAUGGACAUUGUUCACCAGUUACUUCACUUCUUAUUGAUCGAUUUCAAUCUGGAACGGGAUGUUCUGGAUCUCAAGAUGGAUUACUUUGUGUUUGGGAUCUGAUUACAGGUGCUUGUCUGUACAAUCUUCAAGCACAUGAAGAUUGCUUGGUAUCGAUAGCAAGUGCACCCAGUUAUAUAAUAACUUUGGGACUUGAUGAGAGAAUAAGAGUUUGGGAGAGAUUUCAAGGGCAUCUUCUCAGCACUAUUAUACUUCAUCAUGCUUAUUCCAACUCUAUUGUCAUGUUGACGCCAUCAUUAUUGAUAACAGCAAAGCCAGGAGCUCUUCUGGUUUGGGACGUAAAAGAUGGUCAUGUGAAACAUGAAGUUAAGCUCGAUCGUUCUGAAAUGAGUCAACAAAUCACACCAAAAAUUAUGCUACCAUCUUUUGGAUCAAUUAUCACUGAUUUUGGUCAUCAAUUGCGAAUCGUUCGAUUUCCACUUCACGAUAAAAGCGAGUAACAAGAGAUGGAAAGGAAUUUUAACUUAUUUAACACAUUCUCUUCUUCUUCAUCAGAAGAAAUUGAAGAAGUUUUCUUUUCUUUUUUAAUAAUUAAUUCAAAAUUAUUUUAACGGAAAUUUCCGUUUUCAUCCUUUAAUUAUUGAAAGAGAGAACGGAAGAGGAACUGAAAUUAAACUUUUGUGUGAAACUAAACGAUUGGAAGAUGUUGAAUGAUUCCAAGAAAGUUCUGUUUUGAUAAUGAUUUCUUUGGGGCAUGUUACAAGCAGUCGUCAGACAGACUUUUCCAUCACAUGCUUGACUUGUUUGAUCAUCAACUGACGAUGAUUGCUUGCAAAAUAAAAGAAGAGAAAAAAAGCACACAAAAAGAAAAUAAAUAAAUUAUUAACAAAAAAACAAUU